AUGCCCAGGGCGAAGGCUGACGCAAGAAAGAAGGUGGUUAAGGUUAUUCCCCUCGAGAAUGACACAAAAGAGAAUGAGUUCGAGGCUUUUCCAAAUCAAAUCGGAGAACUCCGAAUGGAUGCUGCUGACAAUUAUUUCCUCCAAGGCAAAAUGAUCCAACUCAAUAAAGGGAGAAGAAGAAAGGGUAAAGACGAGUUGUCUGACGAUGAAGAUAGUAGUGAAGAGAGUCCGUUCACUUCAUGUGACUUAGAAAAGUUGGGGAAAUACGCUGAGACAUCAGGGAAGUUCAUACCGAAAUCGGUUAAUAAAAAACUGGACGAGUUGCGAGAGGAUUUUAGUGCUUGGAGGUUGUACCUAGCGAAUGGUUUUAACAUUUUGAUGCAUGGCGUCGGUUCCAAAAGAAAUUUCUUGAAGGAAUUUAUAGCUGAGUUUCAAGAUCAAAAUGUGUGUGAAAUCGACGGUUUAUGUGACGAAGGUUCUACUCGAGAAGUUCUCAACAGAAUCGAGAAGUCAUUCCAUCUAUCAAUUGCGGCUCCAAAAAAGCGAAACCUGAUCUCAUUUGCAACACAAAUCUCACAAAAGCUCACAAGGGGUUUGACGAUCUUCAUACAUAACAUCGAUGGUCCUCUCUAUCGAGAUACCGUCGACCAAGAAGCUUUCAAAAUUCUCUCCCAAAACCCAGAUAUACGAUUAGUUGCUACCAUUGACCAUAUGAAUGCAUGCUCUCUCUGGAACUCGAGGCAAAUCACUGAAUUCAAUUGGGUUUUCAUAAAUGUGAACACCUUCGAAGUUCCUAUCUCUGAACUGAUUGCUGGACAAUCCAAACUGCUAGGCUUUGACAGCAAGAGCAGCCAAUAUACUCACACGAUCUCAUCUUUGGAUGUCUUCUGGGAAUCUCUGAACAAAAAUGCUAAAGAGAUUUUCAGAGUUUUCUUCUGCAUGACUUAUGCAUCUAAACACGCCGUAGCCUUUUUUGAUCUCUCAGAAGAAGCCAGGUCUAAGUUCCUGGUUUCAAGUGAUGCCGCCUUAAGACAGAUUCUCGUUGAACUGAAGGAUCACAAGAUCAUCAUAAUGAGACGAAAAGACGACGGUAACGAACUGUUGGAGUCUAUCGUCGACAAGAAUCUGGUCGAAAAGUUUUUCAGUGAGAAAGGCUUGGAUUUUGAAUUAUAA